UAUUUUUACAGACUCAUUAUUACGUCACGCGUUGUUUCCAUGAGAACACAACAGCUGCCCAGUCUUCCUCGAGCGAUUCUGCUCUCUGAAAGUCGAUUGAUAAUAAACACAAGUGAUGCCGAGAAACACUUGCAAAUUAUUACCCUUUUCUUCUACAAAUGGCCUCCGAUCGCCCAGAAAUCGGUAAAUAUAAAAAAGGCCAAACGAGCAAUGUCUAGCUUUCUACAUGGAACAAAUGAAGCCCCCACUUCUUCAAGAACUCCAUCUACCGUUUCUGUUGGCCAGAAAGAGAGAAUAAACGGAUGGAGUUGCCCGUGGCAUCCAUUGCAGUUCAUUGCUUGGUUUUUCAUAAUAUUCUUCGCUAUAAUUUAUUUUGGAAUCUUUGUCUCCUAUCUCCCGUCAGAGUGGAGAGCAGCUGGCUACAUUGUUCCUGGCGGUUUUUACUUUCUUCACAUCAUCUUUCACCUUGCUGCACUAUCGGUGGAUCCUGCUGACGUCAGUAUUCGUGGAGGUAGUACUCGUGAAAAAGCACUGUUCGACAGAAGUCUCCAUGCUCAUGUAAUAGAGAACAACCACUGCCAUAUAUGUGAGACAGAUGUGGACCCCACAAGUAAGCACUGCUCGGUGUGUAACAAAUGUGUGUCUGGUUUUGAUCACCAUUGCAAAUGGCUCAAUACAUGUGUGGGAGGAAGAAACUACAAGCUGUUCAUAGGCUGUGUUGCCACUGGUUGUAUUGGAGCUAUUAUCAUGCUUGCCUUCAACCUCUACAUAUUUGUGAUAUUUUUUGUAAACAAGACAGAUCUACUUCAGACUCAAGCUGAUACCAAGCUCAAGCUGUUUGUGCCAGUUGAUGAGAAGGUGUUCAUUAUUUUUGUUGGAGUAGUUGCCGGGUUACUACUGAUAUCGCUAGCCUUACUUGGCCAUCUUCUAGGAUUUCAUAUUUAUAUCAUGUGUCUGAAUAUCACUACUUAUGAUUACAUUGUGAAUAGUCGCGAACGAAAAACCAAGCAGGACAUAGAGCUUGGAUGCAAGAGAGUUAUGAGCAAUAAAGUAAAGCCAGUUGCAGAAGUGCAAGAAGUUAGCGAAACUAGAAGGAAUGAGAUUUUAUCUGAUAAUGAACGAUCAGCAUCUGUUGAAUCCCCUGAAGAGCCGUCUGUGAAAAUGAUGAGUGAGAUCAGCUCGAAGGUAAUGAAAGGCCAAGGGGCUUCCCCAGAGAAAGUGCAAAAACCCUCCCCUGGGGGGUCAGGACAGGCACCUGCUAUUGUACUCAACAACGCAGGAUAUGCAAGCGACAAAGUCACAGGAUCAUCGGAAGAAUCGCUGCAGAAUCAAUUACUCCACGGAACGCCUUCGAUAUCUAUCGAACCUCCGUCGGAUGGCAGUCGCCCGUCCACCUCUUCGCCGCCGAAGGAACGCAAAGUCAAAUCUGAACAAUCGAAGAAACAAAACAAAGGUGUGCGCUCGAAUUAUUUGUCGGAAAAUGCAGCAGUUGCGAAGACUAUCGAUUCCGGGAGACAAAACAUUGUGAGCUCCAUUGGUGAGUUAGAUGAUGAUAGUGACGGCGAAGAGCUAGUAGCCGUCGCUAAACCAAAUUCUAUAGAUAAUUCAUAUCAACAAGACAUUGAGACACCAAGGACGAGUUCUGUUAAAAAGAAAACACCCACUCGCGAGGAUUCACCGGGACUUGAAUCCGAACAAGACAACAUUUGUAGGAAAAAGAAGAAAAAGAAACGGUCGAAAACCCCCGAAGCUGUGGAGCUGCCUCCUCUAACAACCAGGGGGAGGCCGUUACCAGCUCUUGGUUCCUAUGGAAGGGAGGGUGAUUCAAAUUGUUAAAUUAAUAGAGCUUGCGCAUCGGAUGACUAGCGGAUAAUGGGUCAACAACAUUUAUACUAAAACAGUUAGACUACUCGUUCUUGUUUUUUAUGAGUCUACGCAUCUCGUUGACUAUCUAUUGACUAAUAGAAAACUCGAACUCGUAGUCUAAUUGUUAAUUAUGUAGCCCAGGCUACGAGGAAAGAAGAGAAAAGGGAAAAUACUUUACUAGUAAAUAAAAUAUAUUUAAAGUUAUUCGUUAUAUAGAUAUUUAAAAAAUGGACACCAGCUAUUUAUUAGGACAAAGAGUUAUAUAGAGCACUCUAGAAGUGUGUUCUCUCUUUUUUUUCUUAGUAAAUGUUCAUGAGCUGUCUUGAUAUAAUUUGGAUAAUCACUCCAAGAGUGUGUUAAGUCUGAACCAUAUCCGGCCAUUGUAGUUUUAUUAAAGAGAUCAAAUGAA